UUUUCGACUGCUGGGGCCUGGGAGAAAUAGAUACAUUUGGGAGGUAUUAGGGUUUCGAAACAGAGCGAACAAUGGCGGAGCAAUCGGAGGAUUCCGGUAGAACGACGGAGACGUUGAUGGAGAAGAUCUCGGAGAAGAUUCACGCUCAUGAUUCCUCGUCUUCUUCAUCUGAUUCGGACUCGGACAACGAGAAAUCUGCGGCGGCGUCCGUGAAAGCAAAGAUUUAUCGAAUAUUCGGCAGAGAGCGACCCGUUCACACUGUUUUCGGUGGAGGAAAGCCUGCUGAUGUGUUUUUGUGGAGAAAUAAAAAGAUCUCAGCUGGUGUUCUCGGCACAGCAACUGCAGUGUGGGUCCUGUUUGAAUUGCUCGAGUACCAUCUGUUAACUCUUGCUUGCCAUAUUUUAAUUCUCUCGCUUGCAGUCUUGUUCUUGUGGUCCAAUGUGCACACCUUCAUCAACAAGUCUCGUCCUCGAAUUCCUGAAGUCCAUAUUCCGGAGGAGCCAUUCCUGCAGGUUGCUUCUGCACUUCGGAUGGAAAUAAACUGGGUUUUCAAAAUAUUGCGGGACAUUGCUUCAGGAAGAGACUUGAAGAAGUUUCUUGUGGUGAUUUCAAGCUUGUGGGUCAUGUCAAUUGUGGGGAGUUGGUGCAAUUUCUUGACCUUGUUUUAUAUAAUUGUUGUUUUGCUGCACACUGUGCCCGUGCUCUACGAGAAGUAUGAGGACAAGGUUGACUCAUGUGCUGAGAAGGUAAUGAAAGAAAUCAAAAAGCAGUAUGCCUUGUUCGAUGCCAAGGUUUUGAGUAAGAUUCCUAAAGCUGCUUUCAAAGCUAAAAGGGUGUAGGGCGUGUUUGACUUGUUUUUGUUAUGACUGGUCCUGGUAAAAAUGCUGUGGGAAUUGUUGUUGGUUUUUAUUCAAAGUAAAAUGCUUUGAGACAGAAGCAGGAGGAUCAAGAAUGGUUGCUAAAAUUAUGUUAGGAAGUGUUGUAUAAAAAGUUUUUGUUUGUAUGUUGGUAAUCGUAAUGAGAAAGUACAUAUUGUAUGUUUUGGGGAUCGUAAUGUAAAAGUACAUCUUGUUAAGUAA